AUGGUGCCCAGACCCUCGACUAUUAACGACCUCGACGACGAGAACCUCUAUGACUUUGUUGCCGCCUUGGGUACCGAGGAGGAAGAACAUUUAGGUGAUGAGAACACUCAGGCAGAGUUCAACGUUGUCAACGACACGGGCUAUGGUACUACCGAGGAGCACGAGGAGGAGGAGACUGGGAAGAAUAGUUCCUCUAAUACCGGUCAAGAACAGCCUGGCAAAGACGAUACUGCUGAAAGUAACCGUGUCCCUCCUGGUGAGAAGUUCGCAUUGUUACGCCUCAAUCUCCAAGGUGGUGCUUAUACGACAAUCGAAGCCAACGUCUGCCCCUCAUCACACGUUACUGUAGCCGAGGAUGACAAGCUCUAUCGUAAAGCCCGAAUGGUGUUGAUAGAUAGGUAUGGUAUGGAUCUAUUCAAGAGCUGGCAUCAGUUCAUCAAUCGUAAGCUUCGUCCUAACGAAUCUCCAGCUGAGUUCCUUACCGAGCUACAACGUUUGGUAUCAUUAUCGAGACCAUCGGGUAUCAAGCUCGAUCAAACAUGGAUGAACUCAGCAGCUUGCCUUAUGUUCUGGGAAGGUUUGCCGAGUGAUAUUCCAGGGUUGCCAGCCCUGAAAAGUCAGUGGAAGACUCUUUGGGAGUCUCGUGGUGAUAUUGUAGAGGGCUGCCUCAGAUUGGCAAAGAGCAUUAAGAUUGAUGAGCCAGGAGCCAUAGCUGCUGUUUCAGCUUACCCUUCCUACCCUUCUGUAAAAGGGAAAGGAAAGGGGAAAGGCAAAGGAAAGGGCUUCACAGGAAAGGGCCGGACCUGGAAGGCAAAGGUCGAUUUGGUUUCCGGAAUAGAACCAUUUAUAAGAAUCCAAGGUGCAGACAAGCCCGCAAUGGCUGUGGUGAAUCUUGUCCACCUGAGUCGUGCGACGCUGUUAUUAUCCAAUUACUUCUUCGCUUAUUACAGUCUUGAUCA